AUGGGCACAUCCAAAAGUUUUGACUUAAAUCUUGUGGUACCAAAGUGCAUGAUAUGUGAAAUCCAUGCCAUUUCAGUUCUAAGUUUUGUAGUUUUUGCUGGUGGAUUAAAUCUAAAUGAAGACUACUCCUGGGGGCUUUCACUUGCUGUGAGCACAGUCAAUAACUUAAACUUCCGAAGUACCCUGACAUUUGAGAUUGUCAAUAGGCUCCAUUGGUAUGUGCAAGAGGGGGACACGAUUGUCAAUAGGCUCCAUUGGUAUGUGCAAGAGGGGGACACGAUAGUUGACUUCUGCUGUGGUUCGAAUGAUUUUAGUUACUUGAUGAAAGAAAAGCUUGACAAAUUGGGGAAGCGAUGUUCGUUCAAAAAUUAUGAUCUAAUUCAACCUAAGAAUGAUUUCAACUUUGAGAAGAGAGAUUGGAUGAGUGUCCGUUUAGGAGAAUUACCAGCAGGAUGUAAUUUGAUCAUGGGGCUGAAUCCUCCUUUUGGAACCCACGCUUCCCUUGCGAACAAGUUCAUUGAUCAGGCUCUUAAGUUCAAACCAAAGCUCUUAAUUCUUAUUGUUCCUAAGGAAACCAAAAGACUUGAUGAAAAAAAGCCUCCAUAUGAUAUAAUUUGGGAAGAUAGCAAAAUACUCUCUGGCAAGUCCUUUUACCUACCUGGAUCAGUGGAUAUUCAUGAGCAGCAAAUGGAGCAAUGGAAUGUGCAGCCACCACCACUAUAUUUAUGGAGUCGUCCCGACUGGUCCAUCAGGCACAAAGCAAUAGCUCAAGAGCAUGGCCACCACGCAAGCAAGGAGCAAGAAGUGAAAAUUGCAGAUGGAAAAAAUGAUGAAAUUUCAAAUUAUCUAAUGGAGGAAAAUUAUGAUUGUUAUGGUGAUUUCUCCCAUAUUAUGAACAACUAUGGUGAUAUCUCAAAGAUAUUAGAUGAUGUUCCUGAAGAAUUCAAUGAUACUGAAACUGAAGGAGUCCGAGCAACCGCACCUGAUGAGCAGGAAGAUAACCUGUACACAAGUAAGGGUGGCAGUGAAGGUUUCGCAUAUGAUGACUCUGAGAAUCUAGAUGAGGUGCAGUAUGAAAGCAAGCAAGAAAUAGGCCAGUAUGAGACAUCACCAACAGAAGAAGUGGAUAUUGAGGAAGCCUACCAAACCGACGAGAUGUAUGUGGACAUGGACUUGUCAACACCGAUGAGCUCGCCAUUUAAGUCCACCAAACUUCCAAGCUUACUUGUGGAUGGACUACACGGGAGAGUUGAGGCACCUUCAUGUAUCAAUGGCAGAGAUGAUUGUUUUCAUUACAUUGGGCCGCGCUUUUCUGGACAUUACUCGGAGUAUGGAACACAAUAUGACAGACAAUGCAACCCCAAAACAUGUCAGGAAAGCAACGGUGAUGUAAUCGAGCAUUGGAAAGAANAGCAAGAAGUGAAAAUUGCAGAUGGAAAAAAUGAUGAAAUUUCAAAUUAUCUAAUGGAGGAAAAUUAUGAUUGUUAUGGUGAUUUCUCCCAUAUUAUGAACAACUAUGGUGAUAUCUCAAAGAUAUUAGAUGAUGUUCCUGAAGAAUUCAAUGAUACUGAAACUGAAGGAGUCCGAGCAACCGCACCUGAUGAGCAGGAAGAUAACCUGUACACAAGUAAGGGUGGCAGUGAAGGUUUCGCAUAUGAUGACUCUGAGAAUCUAGAUGAGGUGCAGUAUGAAAGCAAGCAAGAAAUAGGCCAGUAUGAGACAUCACCAACAGAAGAAGUGGAUAUUGAGGAAGCCUACCAAACCGACGAGAUGUAUGUGGACAUGGACUUGUCAACACCGAUGAGCUCGCCAUUUAAGUCCACCAAACUUCCAAGCUUACUUGUGGAUGGACUACACGGGAGAGUUGAGGCACCUUCAUGUAUCAAUGGCAGAGAUGAUUGUUUUCAUUACAUUGGGCCGCGCUUUUCUGGACAUUACUCGGAGUAUGGAACACAAUAUGACAGGUUUCUGUAG